AGAGGUGGAGGCUUGGCCGUGUGUGACUGCAGGAUGGCUUAGGGUAGAAAAGUACUUUUAACAGGUGCCUGAGGCAAUCAGCAUGUGACUGGUUGUGAGUUUUAUUUUAACACACCUCGGUCUGCUGUGUUGCACAGGCUCCAGCUGAUCCUUCCAGCCCGUGGGAGCUGGUGACAGCCCUCGUGGUGCUGGGGACACCGAGGUGUGUUAAUGACAGGGGUCAGAGCCCUCACGGUGCUGGGACACCAGGCUGUGUGGCAGUGUCACAGUGCUGACCCAAGAGGUCCAAGGAGGAAAGUGAACUCGUUCCCGAGGCACGCUGGCGUGGGAUGGAUGCUUCCAGCAGGCUCAGCUGUCAGGUGCUGCUGGUGAGCAGUAGUCGCCAUCCAGACCGAUGGAUUGUCCCCGGGGGUGGCAUGGAGCCCGAGGAGGAGCCCGGCGUGGCCGCCGUGCGCGAGGUCUGUGAGGAGGCUGGAGUGAAAGGGACGUUAGGAAGAUUAGUGGGAAUUUUUGAGAACCGGGACAGGAAGCACAGGACUUAUGUUUACGUACUCAUCGUCACCGAAGUGUUGGAGGACUGGGAGGACUCUGUCAAUAUUGGAAGGAAAAGGGAAUGGUUUAAGAUAGAGGAUGCCAUAAAAGUUCUGCAGUAUCAUAAACCAGUGCAGGCCUCGUAUUUUGAGACCUUGAGGCAAGGCUGUCUGGCCAACAACGGCACCCCGGUGAUGACCACGCCGUACUCCGAGAGCUCCGUGUCCGACAUCAGAUGACUGACGACGUCCCUGCGAGAGCAAUUCCCUAAAGCAGACUGAGACCUGGAUUUCCCUCCCCUCCCCGUUUCCAUGCCUCCUCCCUCACACCAGGCAUGGGCAGCCGCCUGGGGCAGAGCAAGUGUUCAGAGUGCUGCGAUUUAGUGCAAGGUGGGAUGAUUUUUUUGUUGUUGUUGUUGGCUUUUUUUGCUUUUUUUUUUUUUUUUUUUUUUUUUGGAUCUGUAUUUUGUAAAAUACAUUUGGUGCAUGAAGUGCCCCUUUCCCGGUACUCCGCUCCACGGCCUGGAGGCUGCCAGCCCCGCAUCUGCCUUGUGCUCUGAAGUGUCCCAAGCGUCCCCUUCGUGUCACCCCAGCCAGAGCCACUUUUCUUUCUUUUUUUUUUUUUUUUUUUUUUAAUUAAAAGCCUUCCAAUGUGAGAUCAGCUCUUCAAGUCUUAGUCUGUACUGUAAGGUGCUGCUCAGACCCGUGUGGGGAUUACUCGCAGCACAUCUGUAUAAACUUUUUUUUAGAUGGAGGAUCUAACAUUUUAAUUUUGCGGGAGUUUUUUUUUUAAUCCUGGUCUGCUUCUGAAAAGAAGGGUUCAUAAUUAAUCUGUUUGCCUUUUGUUCUGUUUUUUAAAAACACACAUUCUGUGGCAGUGCUAGUGGCUGGGCCAGUUUACUCCCCAUCCAGUAUCUCCCGAUUUAGUGCAGUGACACUAGAAGUUGAGGGCAGAGUUCGGAUCACCUGCAGACAUCCUUGCAGACAUCCCUGCGGCUUUUCCGGCAGCUUCCACCAACACUUCUGCGUUUCCAUCCGAGGGAAACGGCACGGAGCUGAUCUGGAGCCGCUGGCCAAAACCAAACAGCCUCAGCAACGCUGCAAUAGCGCCCGGGUCGCGCCGGCUGCGGUGGGAAUCGGGGGUGCAGGGGGGGUCGGACGGACAAACUGCAGUGAGGCUCACCAACGCUGUCCCCCGCUCCCGCUGCGUCCUGCUCGUGUCUCUCUUGUCCACAUGCCUUACGCCGUGCUGAACUGGACACUUGGGGUUUGUGCUGAGCAUCGGGCCGUGCUCGCCGAGCGUCGCUGCCGCGCUCGGAGAACCGCGCGCGCGUCCCUGAAGAGAAGUCUCCGGGGGGAAAAUUCAGGUGUUGAGUCUCUUGUCCUGUGGUUGUGCAGCACUUACGGUCGCACCGUGGAGCGUGCUUGAAGUGUGCCCUCUGUGAAAGGUACAGCUGCCUCCUGCAGGCAGCAUUCCCGGGGGAGCAGCACGGGAGAGCUCCCCGAUGCGUUGGCACACUUCACUUGGGGGUUUGUUGUUUUAUUGCUGUAAGUUUCAUGCUGUCUUGAUUUGCCAACAGUGUUGUCUAGUUGGGAAAUAAAAUGGGAAGGGUUGGGGUUGGGGUUCGGGGGGUGGGUUGGGACAGGUACAAGUUUUGGGAGGGGCAUUAAUUAAUCCCUGGCUUGGGACAAGAAGUGGUUGCUGAGUUCAGUAACUUCUCCUUUGUCAGAGCAGAGCCAAGAUGUGAAAUUAAAUCUGCAGUACUUUUUUUUUUUCCUUUUUUUUUCCUGCUCUUUAUUUAACAAAAAAUAUUCUAAUAAACACUCACUGUUCUGGAGUUUUCUCUCUUCCUGAGAAGCGCUUACAAUAUGAAAAUCUGAUAGAAAUAUCCAUGGAGCCUGGGACAAGGGGGAAUGGUAUCCUUGCUGGUUUGGCAAGAAGCUGUUCAUUUUAAGAUCCUUUUCUGUUCCUUUCCUUGUUCUCCCUGCUUUCAUCGGUGUGGAGUAGCAAGGCCAAAAGCAGUGCCAGUGAUCGCUGACAUGGAAAACCACGCGUAAGGAACAGCCCAUUAUUCAAGGAGUAGCUCAAACCCAAGCGUCUGGAAUUGAGCCCAAAUUACACCAGUUCAGCUCACUUCAACUUAGAGACGAAUGUACAAUCCUUUCUCACUAUGUGCUGGUCAGCCUGAACCAAACUCUCAAAAGGGCUUGAAUAUUCUAUCUGGAAGUGUCCAAGAAAUUCCCAGAGUCGCUGUCCCCGUGCCCUGCGAGGCACCUGACACAGCCAUCUACUGCCUUCAACGAGUCUUGGUCUCUACUGUACAGAUUAGUAUGUUGGAAAUGCUUUGCAACAAAACAGCUGGUACUCCUGAAAGAGUAACUGCAGUUUUAAUAUCAGCAGCAUGCACACUUUUGUUUUUAAACUAAAAAUGUUUUUACAGGGCUGUUAAACUGACAAUUUAGGGUAGAAUAUUGUUAAUGACUUGCUAAUGGCUUAUUUGUUUGGGUCAGAAAAAAUAAAUUGUGCCAAGAAAGUGUUUUAAUGUGGCAUGGAUUGAUGCUGUUACCACGGAGUGGCUGAUGUUACAAGGCAUAACAUGCCUUGGAAAUGGCUCCUGGGGCAGGAAUAGCCUUGAUGCAAGAGAUGCAGAUUUCAGACCAGGCCUGAGCUCUGUGCUCCCUGAACCUCUCCCUGCACCACACAAUCCUCAUCUUCCUCAGCAUCUGAGGUUCUCUCUAGAGCCCGUACAGCUGCACCCCCAGCAGUUGGAGUGGUUUUAUCCAAACUGGUGUUAAUUGGUUUGGGACUGAGCGUCGCCCUGUCUGUGAGAGGCCCAGGGGAGCUGUGGGAGGGUGGCUCUGGUUCUGCAGCCCUGACAGUGCUGCUCCGUCUCACUGCUGGGGCCACUGAGUCCCAGGGGCUGAGCCUGGGGCUCCCAGCUGUGCUGAGACUGGUGCUGUUCCAAGCUGGUGGUGUUGGAUAGUGGGAUGAUCUUACCUCAGCUGGCCUGACCCUUAUGUGAGGUGUCACUCUGUGUCUCAGCAUCCCCUGGGAGCAGUUCUCAGCUGGCUCUCAGCCCGGCUGAGCUCUCUGGGCACUGCUGGGAGCUGGCUACGACAGAGGGUGUCCCCAGACAGCCAACGAGGUGCAGCAGCCGUCUGGUCCCCCCUCCUGGCAGGUCUUGAAUGCUGGUUUGGGGUGUGAGGUGAGGAGGGGCUGCUGCUCUUCAUCACCCAGCUGAUGGAAGGGGGCAGAGCCUGAGGGGGGUCCCUCACCCAUGGGUGCUGGGGAGGCAGCACCCAAACCUGCUGCUGUCUGCCCUGGUGCUGGGGGGAAGGUGGGAGCUGGGUUUGGGGCUGGAAGGAGCAGCAGUAUCAGCACUGCCACCAGCUCUGUUCCUGUGUAGGUGGAUGCUGUGAGCUCUUCCCUACUCUCCUGUGGAGCACUGAGGCAGCUCGUUCAGCCUGAGCUGGAAUGUGCCUUAAAGCAAACUCUGUAAAGGGAAAAAUGAAAAGGGGUUGGAAUCUGCAAGUGUUGCUUUUCCCCUUGUGUGGCCACAAAGUAUUCAGUGGCUAAAAAUGUGGGUAGGGAAUGUCAGGAAUCCUCAGUUCCCUUCCCGGAUCCAGCAGAGGCUUUGGGCCUUUGCCUCAGCUUUUCCAUGCAGAAGCUGUGUUCAGCAUUCCACAGCGAGCAGGGAUCAAAAUCCUGGAGGCUGCGCAGGUCCAGCGAGUACCCCUGGUAGCAGGGCUGUAGGUUUUCCUGCCUGUUCUCUCUGUUCUAUCCCAAAUUAACAUGUUUGUGUUUUCACACAGCCGGUUGCAGCAUCCAUCCCCGUGCAGAGAAUACAGGAAGCACUGGGGCUUGGUGAGGGGUUGCUUUGGGGUUUGACCCUCCCAAGUGGAGCCUGUGGCUGGUGCUGGGGGUGGGAUGGAGCUGCAUCAUCAGCCAAACCUGCCCCAGGCAGUGACUGUGGCAGUGUGAGGAGCUUUUCCCUCUGGCUGACCCAGUGCCUGCUCUGGUCUUGCUCCCAGGCUGGGUUUUCCCUCCUGGCUCUGUUCUCCUCAAUAACGGCAUCAUCUGAUGGCUGCAGCCCUUCAGGGACGUGGUGACCUCAUGGUUGGGGCGUCCCUCAGUGCUCCCUGAGCCCCUGACACACACAGGGUGUGAUUCUCCUUUUCCUAAGCUUGGAAUUAACUAACCCAGCUGCUCUGGGCUGCAGAGAUCCUGGGGUGCUGUGCUGGGAUAGUGUCAGGGGUCUGUACAAAACUAAAGUGGAGCUGGUGAAAAAAACCUGAGGUGGUGAAAAAGAAACUGAACUGAAGUUGUAUUUAGGAGAUUUAUAGAUCUCUCUUUGGUGCUAGUCCAUAGAGGUUUUUCUUUUUUGCUGUUUUGUUUUUGGUUUGGUUUUCUUUUUGGUGGGAAGAUGGGAAUUUUGAUGUUAUACUUGAUGAAUUUGCUCUAGAAUUGCCUCAGAAACCUGAGGGAGGUCUGAGAGUGUUUGUUGAAUUUCCUGUGUGUCCUAUUUUAUAUUUAUUAAAUCAGAAAAUCUGGAAUGA